AUUUGGAACAUGCGUUGCGUAUUUAAGCAAGCCCAUCACACUCGUCUUCUUCAUACUCGCAUUUCUCUCGUUCUUCGAACAUACAGUUGAAAAGGAAGACAAGCAAAGGUACCUCAUUAGCUUAGCUCCAACCUUCUCUUAGUUGGGUUGUUUUGGUCAGUUUUGAAAUCUCCACACCUUGUUUUUCUAGGGUCAGGCAAGGAAAAUUUUCUGUAUCAACUCUGUAAAGACGCCGGAGGAGCUAUUUCUGGUUCUAGAGUGAAACAAAAAUGGUGAAGAUCUGUUGCAUUGGUGCUGGAUAUGUUGGGGGCCCUACAAUGGCGGUGAUUGCACUCAAGUGUCCAUCGGUUCAAGUUGCUGUUGUUGAUAUCGCUCAAAAAAGGAUUGAGGCUUGGAACAGUGACAAGCUUCCCAUCUAUGAACCUGGCCUUGAUGAUGUGGUGAAGCAAUGCCGAGGCAAGAACCUCUUCUUCAGCACUGAAGUGGAGAAACAUGUUGCUGAAGCUGAUAUAGUGUUUGUCUCUGUAAACACCCCUACCAAAACUACGGGUCUUGGAGCAGGCAAAGCUGCAGAUCUGACAUAUUGGGAGAGUGCUGCUCGCAUGAUUGCUGAUGUGUCAAAAUCUAGCAAAAUUGUUGUUGAGAAAUCUACAGUCCCAGUCAAAACAGCUGAAGCAAUAGAGAAAAUUUUGACCCACAAUAGCAAGGGAAUCAAAUUCCAAAUCCUCUCAAACCCAGAGUUCCUUGCAGAAGGAACUGCAAUCCAAGAUCUUUUCAACCCAGACAGGGUCCUUAUUGGUGGAAGGGAGACCCCUGAAGGCCAAAAUGCCAUCAAAGCAUUGAAGGAUGUUUAUGCUCAUUGGGUGCCUGAAGACCGAAUCCUAACCACCAAUCUCUGGUCUGCAGAGCUCUCCAAGCUUGCGGCCAAUGCAUUCUUGGCCCAGAGAAUAUCGUCUGUCAACGCCAUGUCUGCUCUUUGUGAGGCUACUGGGGCCAAUGUUAUAGAGGUGUCAUAUGCUGUUGGUAAGGACACUAGGAUUGGACCCAAAUUUCUUAACGCUAGCGUUGGUUUUGGUGGGUCUUGCUUCCAGAAGGAUAUCCUGAAUCUGGUUUACAUCUGCGAAUGCAAUGGCCUUCCAGAGGUGGCUGAGUACUGGAAACAGGUCAUUAAGAUCAAUGAUUAUCAGAAGAACCGUUUUGUGAACCGUGUUGUUGCGUCCAUGUUUAACACAGUGGCAAAGAAGAAGAUCGCCAUCCUGGGCUUUGCCUUCAAGAAAGAUACUGGUGACACAAGGGAGACCCCAGCUAUUGAUGUGUGCAAGGGGUUGUUGGGUGACAAGGCUGAACUGAGCAUAUAUGACCCGCAAGUUACCGAGGACCAGAUUCACAAGGACCUUGCAUUGAGCAAAUUUGACUGGGACCAUCCUCUUCACCUCCAGCCGAUGAGUGCCUCCUCCAGUACUGAGAAGCAAGUUACGGUGGUCGGGGAUGCCUACGAGGCAGCAAAGGGGGCUCAUGGUCUUUGCAUUAUGACCGAAUGGGAUGAGUUUAAGACUCUUGAUUACAAGAAGAUAUUCGAUAACAUGCAGAAACCAGCCUUUGUAUUUGAUGGUAGGAAUGUUGUUAAUGCAGAUCAGCUGCGGGAGAUUGGGUUUAUUGUGUUCUCAAUUGGUAAGCCCCUGGAUGCAUGGCUCAAGGACAUGCCUGCUGUGGCAUAAAAAAAUUGACGAGGAGUUCAAGUGGCUUGAGGCAGUCAGUUUGGUUCUUUGCUAUUUUUUUCAUGGGUUUUUCUUCUUUCUUGCCACCACAUACAUAGUGGUCCGGUUUCUGGUAUAAUUUUUGUUGAACUUAGAGGCUCUUGUUUUGCCUGGCAUAAAUUUGAAGUCAUAUAUUGUUAUAUUUCAAUUUAUUAGAAAACGUGAUAUCAUA